AUGUUGAAGUGGGAUUUUAUGAUGCUAUAUGAUCUGGAAACAGCACGAGCAAUUAUCGAAAGUUUAACACGACAGUUAAAGAUUCAUGAUGAUGUAACUUCGAAUUUACUACUUCUCCAGAAACGAAUCCAACAUACUCAUCAGAGGACACAGGAUGCCAUGCGCAUGCUUGAAGAUCGGCUAGACAAUAUUGAAGUAACAUGGACCAAAGAAUUAGAGAAUCAGCACAAACGCUGGCUCGAUAAAUAUAAUCGUUUAAUGAGAGAGGCGGAAAAUAUUCAUCCUUUAAAUAAAGUAUCAUCCAAAACUUCAGCAACACAUAGUAAUGAGAAUGUGAAAAUUUCACAGCAAAAACUUGAAAGUCUAAAUCGUCGUACGAAAAAAAUCGAUGAAGGAAUUGAUGAAUUGAAAAAAGUCGCAAGUUGCACCAAAAACUUUGAUGAAAAGCUUCGUUUCGAUAAACAAAAAAUCAGGGAUAUCGAUGCUCGACUAAAAAUGCUAACAAAAAAAGAGCAAAAGUUGAAUGCUGAACUCACCAAACAAAUGAAUAUUCAUUUUCACAAACCUUUCCUUCAAAUGACAGAAGAACGAUCGGAGAAAAGUUUUCGUGGUGUUUGUAAAGUAAUCGAUGGCUACAAAAAAACAGUUGAAAAUUUGAACAAAGCAUUACAAACAUUGGAAGUAAUUAAAAAUUCAUCAGAAGCGAAAAACAUUAAAAGUACAAUUCAAAGUACACCAUCAAUAAAUGAAAUUGAUGAAAUUAUCAUUCUUAUGAAACGUUUCCUUGCCAAACUUUGCAAUCAGUUGGAAUCAGUUUAUUUAUAUGGUAAUUCAACACCAAAUUCUGAAUUGGAUACCAGCAAGUCGGGAAACUCGACAGGGACAACAGGUAGCUUCGGAUCAUCAAAUCCUGAUACCAAUUCUGGUUUUAACACAACUCCACUCAACACUUCACAAUCUUUACCGACUGGAUCAUCAACUUCGUCUACAUAUUCGCAGUUUAUGGUUUUGAAAUCAGAAACUGGAAAUGAAGGAAUGAUUACAGCUAAAGAAAAAUCCGAGCAAAUCAUAAGUGAUAAAAAGUAA